AUGGUCUCUGAAGACUGUGGCACGUCACCUCUUUCAAAGGACCCUAAAGGCGUUUUUCACAUAAGCCUGGCUCUUGUUAGCCCGGCUCCUCACGCCCCUGGACGUGGAGCUGGCCUUUCUGGAGGAGUUCAAACAAUCAACAACACACCUCCGGAGCAGGUUAUGCGCAGUGACGAUGCGUCUCAGUCCCCUACGUGCCUGUCCCCAAGAUACACUCCCCCCUCCCCCGACGACUGGUGGGUCCCUGAUGUGCUCCCCAGUGUUCCCACGCCUGGGACCACGCACUCUGACAUCUCCGGCAUGCUUCCUUGGCCCCUGGAUGCUGGUGUGGUGCCAUUCCAGAUGAGUGUGAAAGUUAGAGACAGGGUCGCUCAGGGUCAGGGGAAGAUUUUUGUUUUCUUCAUGCAGUGCUGA